AUCAAAAAUCAUUGUAUUUUUUUUUUGUAAAAAAAUAGCUCUUCUUAAAAAGUAAAUGUAUUUAAUUAAUUAUUAUAUUUAAUUAUAUUAUUCAAUUUCAAAUAUCUGAUUGGAAAUAGACAUUUCUGACAUACCAGAAAAAAAUUCAAACUUUAUUGGACUAACUGUUUAUAUUGAUCUACCAUAACAAAUCGAUUGAUGUUUAGUACUCUUAGCUAAAUUAAUUUUGUGAAUUAAUAAUUCGAUUUUAUUCGCGUUUUUUAUCAUUUUUGUCAAAAAUGUCCAUGCAUAUAAAUGAUUAUAUAUUCGAAACAUUGUUAGGACAGGGGUCUUUCGGGUAUGUAUUCGUGCUAAAUUAAAUUUUCCUAUUUUUCCUCAUCGUCUAUUGUUUCUAGAUCAGUUUACUUAGUACGACGAAAGAAAGACUCUAAACCAUUCGUAGUUAAGGAACAAAUUCUCGAUAAUGUAAACGCACUACCUUUUAAGGUGAGGAAAUUUCUUAAUUGAAAUAGGCCAAAUUAAUUGUUGUGUCACCAUAUCAAGGAGAUGUACCUAUUAAUUAACUUUUUUUGUACAUAAAAGAUUGUCUCUAUGCUUAAUUUUAUAUACUAUAACUAAUUGCAUGUAUAUUUAAUGUGCUCAGAACAUAUCAGAAGAAGUGAAAUGUUUGCACACUUUGAGACAUACUAAUAUAGUUGCUUACUAUGGAGCUUGGAUAGAAGACAAUCACAGUUACAUUCUUAUGGAAUAUGCAACGCGAGGCACUUUGAAAGAUUUGUUAGAAAACAAUGAGACACCACUUAAAGAAGAAGAUGCGCUGUAUUUAUUCUCCCAAGUCGUUCUUGGAGUUCACCACAUCCAUUUCAAAAAGAUUCUUCACCGUGAUUUGAAACCGGAAAACAUCAUGCUAACCGGAAGCCGCGGUGACAUCGUAAAGAUCGGAGAUUUCGGCGUCUCGAAAAAUUUUAAAGAGUAUUAUUCAUUAUUAACGAAACCAUCAAUUAUAUGUCGCGCUGGAUCAUUUUGUUACAUGGCUCCAGAAAUGCUAACAGACCAAUCUUAUGAUUUCAAAUGCGAUAUAUGGAGCAUGGGCGUCAUUCUCUAUGAAAUGGUUUCAAAAAGACAUCCUUUUCCCGCUAUGAGUCUAACAGAAAUCAUAAAAAUGAUUUGCGAAGAAAAACCACGGCCUCUUCCCCGAGGGACAUCAACGUCUGUUGUUAGCUUGAUAUCAAAAAUGUUGAGAAAAGAUCCAUUUUGUCGGCCGAAAAUAGAUCAAUUGAUCCUCUGCCCUUACCUUGUAUCUUUCAUUAUUCGGAUAUAUUUAAAUUUAGGACGAGUUAUGAGUAUUACUAACAAGAAUAAUGGAAAUUUUAAUCCGGAAAUAUUUCUGAAAUUUUUAAAAUCGUAGUCAGUUUAAUGAAAUUGUACAGGGAACGGUUAUCGAACUCGGACUCUCUGUACUAGGAUCAAAAGCGUAACGACAGGAAGCGAAGACCGGAACUGCGGAAUGUUCGUUUUAUUUCAUCACGUGCAUACCUUUUGAAAACCGUUC